AUGACGGAAGAGAAAGGAGAGGACCCGAACGAGAACAUUGCCGUCGAAGCUUGCGAGUUCUGGUUAUCUUUGGCUGAGAACUCCGAUGUGUGCAAAGAGUUGCUGUCGCCUUUUCUUGGAAAACUUGUUCCAGUGCUUAUUAAAUGCAUGCGGUAUUCAGAAAGCGACAUCAUUGCGCUCAAGGGAAAUUGCGACGAGGAAGACGCCAUGAUACCUGAUCGAGAUGAAGACAUCAAGCCACGCUUCCAUAAAUCAAAAGUUGCUGCAGGACAACUCAAUGGUGAAGAUAAUGAUGACGAUGGGAGUGAUGAGACAUAUGCUGAAUGGAAUAUCCGACGGUGCUCCGCGGCUUCGCUAGAUGUACUGGCAUCAAUAUUCAAGCAGGAAUUGUUACCAAUACUUCUUCCGAUACUGAAGGAAGCGCUUUGCCAUCCAGAAUGGGAAGUGAAAGAAUCUGGAAUUCUUGCACUUGGAGCAGUUGCUGAAGGUUGUAUGAAUGGCAUCACUCCUCAUUUACAUGAACUCAUACCGUUCCUUCUGAAUAUGCUGGAUGAUAAGAAGCCACUUGUUCGAUCAAUCACGUGUUGGACUCUAUCACGGUAUUGCUCUUGGGUAGUGGAUGAGGCACGCCAGCAGUACUUUGAACCUACUCUCAAAGGUCUUCUCGUGCGAGUUCUCGAUGGCAACAAACGCGUUCAAGAAGCUGCAUGUAGUGCAUUUGCAACAGUGGAGGAGGAAGGUGGAGACUUCAUUGCACCUUAUCUUUCGGAUAUCCUGCAGACAUUAGUGCAGGCUUUUGGCAUUUAUCAGGCAAAAAACUUACUGAUUUUGUACGAUGCUGUCGGUACUUUGGCAAAUUCUGUUGGUAAUGCUCUGAGUGAGCCCAUGUAUGUGCAAGUGCUUAUGCCCCCGCUUAUGGAAAAAUGGCAGAGGCUUGGAAACGAUGAUAAGUCUUUACGUCAAUCUGUUGAAGCGCAGCAGCGACCCAAUGAAGUAGAAAUGCCGGACAAGGAUUAUCUCAUUGUUGCCUUGGACUUGCUGUCAGGACUGGCGGAAAGUUUGGGCGCUCAUAUUGAGCCGUUAGUUGGUCGCAAUGAAGUUCUGCAAUUGCUGUCGUUGUGUGCUGUGGAUCCAACGCCAGAAGUUCGACAGAGCAGCUUUGCAUUACUUGGCGAUUUAACAAAAGCUUGUUGGCAUCACAUUAAGCCGUACACGCAGACGUUCAUCCCCAUUUUGGCUAUGAAUUUCGACCCGUCGCACAUUUCUGUGUGCAACAAUGCCAUCUGGGCUUUUGGUGAGAUGUCUCUCAAGAUGGGUGCUGAAAUGAGACAAUAUGUUUUAUCAAUACUGCCUCAUCUCAUACGAGUAAUGAAUCAAAAGGAUGGCAGCAAUUUGUUGGAAAACACUGGUAAUUUUUUCUGCUGUUUUGUACCGUUUUGCUUCUGUCUGCGAAGGUUAUUUUCAUAA